GGUAAUCAGUUGGCAUGAGGUUGCUUGAUGCAUAGGCAAAAUAUUGAUCUUAAUGCUUUUUUGAUCUUACUUUGUAACUUAUGUUUCUUCAGUAGGGGGGCCGAUGAUUAUUUGCCCGGAAAUAUAGUGGAGAUUGAAAUUCACAACUUCAUGACUUUUAAUCACUUGGUUUGCAAGCCGGGUUCUCGUUUGAACCUUGUCAUCGGACCAAAUGGGUCUGGUAAAAGCUCUUUGGUGUGCGCAAUCGCUCUUGGUCUGGGAGGCGAACCUCAGCUUCUUGGGAGGGCUGCGACUGUUGGUGCAUUUGUCAAGCGGGGGGAGGAGUCUGGUUAUACUAAAAUUUCCUUGAGAGGUGACACUCCAGAUGAGAAGAUUAUCAUAAUGCGUAAAAUAGAUGCACGUAACAAGUCCGAGUGGCUAUUUAAUGGCAGAGCUGCUUCUAAAAAGGAGAUUACUGAACUAAUACAAAAGUUCAAUAUUCAAGUCAACAAUCUUACUCAAUUCUUACCGCAAGAUAGGGUGUGUGAGUUUGCUAAACUAUCUCCAGUGAGACUUCUAGAGGAAACAGAGAAGGCUGUAGGUGAUCCUCAACUUCCUGUCCUGCAUCGUGCUCUUGUUGAUACAAGUGCGGAAUUGCAGAGAUCCGAACAGGCUGUCGAGAAGAACAGAGAAACUCUAAGUCAGCUAAAGGCACUUAAUGCUGAACAAGAAAGAGACGUGGAGCGUGUUCGUCAACGGGAUGAACUUCUAGCGAAGGCGGAAUCUAUGAAAAAGAAAUUGCCAUGGCUGAAAUAUGACAUGAAGAAGGCCACGUAUCUUGAAGCUAAAGAUCAGGAGAAGGAGGCAAAGAAGAAACUCGAUGCCGCAGCCAAAUUGCUAAAUGAACUUAGAGAGCCCAUUGAGAAGCAAAAGCUGGAAAAAAAGGAACAGGAUACCAAAUGCAAAAAAAUCAGAGACCUCCUUGAUAAUGUUGAAACGUCACACAAGCAAAUGCUGGAGAAAGAAAAUCAGCUGUGUCUUAAAGUGAAAGGAAGGUACCAUGACAUGGAAGAAAUGGAGAGGCAAGAACACUCACGGCAGGAGAGAAUCAUUAAAGCUGAAAAAGAUCUCACAGGUGCAGAAUUGGAACUGCAAAACCUUCCACCCUUUGAACCUCCUAGAGAUAAAAUUGAAAAAUUAGGGGCAGAAAUAUUAGAGUUGGAAGCAUCUGCAAGAGAGAAGAGACACCAAAAGAAAGAAAAGGAGAAACUUUUAGAUCGAAAUAGAGCGUUAGCAAGACAAUCUGCAGAAAGGUUAAGGGAGAUGGAAAAUAUUAAAAACAAACGUUUACAGGCAUUACGGAAUUCUGGAGCCGAAAAAAUAUCUGAUGCUUAUAGUUGGGUACAAUCCCACCGACAUGAAUUUAAGAGGGAGGUUUAUGGUCCUGUUAUAAUGGAGGUCAACAUCUCAAACCAGCUUCAUGCUGCCUACUUAGAGAGUCAUGUUCCGUAUUACAUAUGGAAGGCUUUUAUAACUCAGGAUUCUGCUGACCGUGACUAUUUGUUCAAGAACCUUAGGUCAUUUGAUGUUGCAGUCAUAAAUCAUGUGGCUGAUGCAGGCCGCAUUCCAGAGCCGUUGCAUAUAUCUCAGGAGAUGUCAUCCAUGGGAAUAUAUUCAAGGCUUGAUCAAGUUUUUGAUGCUCCGUAUGCAGUCAAAGAGGUCUUGAUUGGACAAUCUGGUCUAGAACAUUCAUACAUAGGGUCUAAAAAGAGUGAUGAAAAUGCAGACAUGGCCCAUAGUUUUGGUGUAAUGGAUCUUUGGACUCCUGACAAUCACUAUCGCUGGUCUAAAUCCAGAUAUGGUGGUCAUGUUUCAGCAUCUGUGGAAGCAGUGGGUGACUCUCGUCUUCUUUUGUCUAACACGGAUGGUGAGGAAUUGAACACGCUCAGGGGAAAGAACAAGGAGUUGGUCGAGACCAUCUCUGUUCUAGAAGCAAGUUUCAAGUCACUUCAGAGUGAAAUAAAGGAGUUAGAAGAUGCACAAGCUCAACUUCAGAAACAACGUGAGAAUCUUGUUAACGAAGCACAGCAUGAGAAAAGGAAACAACGUGAGCUACAAAACCGAGUUAACCAAAAGAGGUUAAAACUACAAUCACUGAGAAGGGAAGAAGAUGCGGCUAUUGUAAUGUCAAAGCUCGUUGAAGAUGUUGAGAACUUGAAUAUCCAGAGAUUUAAAUGUGUAUUGGAAAUUAAGAAUCUUCUCACUCAAGCUACUGCUCACAGAAAAAAUUAUGCUGAGAAGUUCAUGGCCUCCAUUGAACUUGAGUUGAAGAUUAAAGAGAUGGAAGCGAGUAUCAAGCAGCAAGAAAAGCUUGCAUUGCAAGCUUCUUUACAUUUUGAAAAUUGUAAGAAGGAUGUGGAGGACCAUCGACAACAAUUGGCAGCUGCCAAGAAAGUUGCAGAAUCAGUGGCAGUUAUUACUCGUGCUCUUGAACAGGAAUUUCUUCAGCUACCUUCGACCAUUGAGGAAUUGAAUGCUGCAAUUCAAGAUAUUACCUCUCAAGCCAAUUCUAUUCUCUUUCUGAACCACAACAUUUUGGAGGAAUAUGAGCACCGUCAAAGAAAAAUCAAGGAGCUCUCAACGAAACUGGAAUCAGAUGAAAAAGGAUUGGCUACUCGUUUAAAUGAAUUGAAUUCUUUGAAGGAGAAAUGGCUCCCGACACUUAGAAACCUAGUUGCUCAAAUAAAUGAGACAUUUAGCAGGAAUUUUCAAGAAAUGGCUGUUGCAGGAGAGGUUUCAUUGGAUGAACAUGGUAAUGAAUUUGAUAGCUAUGGAAUUCUUAUUAAAGUGAAGUUCAGGCAAGCAGGACAACUUCAAGUUCUAAGUGCUCACCACCAAUCUGGAGGGGAACGAUCGGUUUCAACGAUUCUUUACCUUGUUUCACUACAAGACCUCACAAACUGCCCAUUUAGGGUUGUUGAUGAGAUUAAUCAAGGAAUGGACCCUAUUAAUGAAAGGAAGAUGUUCCAGCAAUUAGUCAGAGCUGCAAGCCAACCAAAUACACCACAGUGUUUCUUGCUUACUCCAAAACUGCUAUCUGAUUUGGAAUAUGGCGAGUCAUGUACGAUUCUGACAGUGAUGAAUGGCCCGUGGAUUGACCAACCGUCAGAAGUAUGGAAACUUGGAGGAAGUUGGGGCUCUGUUAUGGGAUUGUUGGGGGAAAGCCAUUGCUAAAAACUGUAAGAAAAAAUAGUGAAUGAUGAUUGUUAUUAAUGAUUUUUUUUCUUUCUUUCUUUCUCAUUGUGAUGUUACAGACAGAAAGGAAGUGUGUUAAACAGCUUUUUGAAACUUUUGAUGCUAAUAUGGCACGAUUCGCAGGUGCAAACCUCGGAAUCUGUAACUUGUGAAUAUUUAAGGUAUGCAAACUGAGAACACGUGUAAAUGGUAUGCUACUAUGGCUUUGUUGUUUCUGAAUUUGCAGCACCUCUAGCAGGUCAUUGCUCCAUGUAGCUAGCAUAGACCGGAGGAAGGGUAGAGUUCGAAGAGUAAACUGAGGGUUAGUGUUAAUUUUGUUGUGCGCCUUCUUUUUUGUUUCUACGGUGUUGUGCUUUUGUCUCGACUUCUUUUAGACUCUUCGAACUUUAUGGGAAAGCUUUAUUUGUCUCACACUUUUCACAAGGCUAUGGUUUUCAUGGAAACAAUCGUUCUACUUCUUGAGAUAAA